AUGAGUAACGAUACGGGUAAAUCACCCGUUGAACAAACUCAAUCAUCUUCAAUAAAUUCCGAAAUAAAAAUUUUUUAUUAUAUUGAUGAUCAAGAUCCUCCUUAUUUAACAAAAUUAAAUCUAACCGAAUUACCACGUUUAAAAGAUUUUAAAAAUGCUCUUGAUCGUAAUUGUACAAAAUAUAAAUUUUUCUUUGCAACAAAUGAUCCAUCAAUUGGAAAAGUUAAAGAAGAAAUAACUAAUGAUGAACAAAUUUUACCAUUUGAUACACCAGACCGUAUUCUUGCUUAUCUUGUUUCAACUGAAGGUAGUACAACAUCAAGUGGUGGUGGUGGCGGUGGUGGUGGAGGAGGAGGAAAUAAACAAUCAAAACAUCAUCAUCAUCAUCAGCAGCAUCAUGAACGUGAUGAUACAAUGACAACAUCAACAACGAGUAGUUCAUUUAAUAUACAACAACCACGAUUACAACGUACGAGUCGACGUUAUGGAUCAGCAAAUAGUGCUGAUCAUCAAAAAUAUUUUCCUAAACAACAACAACGAGCUAUUAAUGAUGAUGUUCCAUCAUUUCCAAAUAGUGAUAUAGAAUCAACAACAUUUUUAGAUGAAACUGAAGAUGAUAGAUAUUCAACUGUUACAGAUUCAACAGCAAUGUCAUCAAGAUAUCAUGGUUAUAAUCGACCUCGUAGACGAAAACAUCGAUUACCAUUGGGACUUGAUCGAACUUCAUCAUUUAGUAGUCUUAAUUCAGAUUCAACAAUGACAUUAAAUAUAAUAACGGUAACACUUAAUUUAGAUGCAGUCAAUUUUUUAGGUAUUAGUAUUGUUGGUCAAAGCGAUAAAACAGGGGCAAGUGAUGGAGGAAUUUAUGUUGGAUCAAUAAUGAAAGGAGGAGCAGUAGCUCAAGAUGGCCGUAUUGAACCUGGCGAUAUGAUUCUUCAAGUAAAUGAUAUUAGUUUUGAAGGAUUAUCUAAUGAUGAUGCCGUUAAAAUUCUUCGUGAAGCUGUACAAAAACCGGGACCUAUAAAGUUGGUUGUCGCUAAAUGUUGGGAUCCAACACCACGUGGUUAUUUUACAUUACCACGUCAUGAACAAGCGCGUCCUGUUGAUCCACUAUCAUGGCUUGCACAUACACAAGCCGUACAAAAUACAUACAAUAAUCCUCAACAUCAAUUAUUACUUCAUCAACAACCAAAUUAUAGACCAUCAAUACUUAAUUCAACAGGAAAUAUGAAUUCAACUAUAUCAAGUACAAGUAAUACAAUGGUUGAUAAUGAAAAUUGUGGUUUUAAUCUUAAUUUAACUGUUAAUUCGGAUAUGGAUACAAUUGUACGAGCUAUGGCUGAAUCCGAUUCUGGUCUUGAUAUACGUGAUCGAAUAUGGCUUAAAAUACCGAUUCCAAAAUCAUUUCUUGGAUCUGACUUGGUUAAUUGGCUGUUUGAACAUGUUGAUGGAUUUGUUAAUCGAAAUGAUGCUAGAAAAUAUGCUUCAUCAAUGCUUAAAGCUGGCUAUAUUCGACAUACAGUUCAUAAACUGACAUUUGCUGAACAGUGUUAUUAUGUUUUCGGAGAUCUUUAUUCACAAGGUAUAUCUCAAUUAACACUUGACGAAGAACCUGAAGAAUAUGAAUCUGUUUCGGAUCACACAAGUACUGAUCAUCGUAGUGGAGAUUCAUUAUUAGUUACACCACGACAAAAUACUGUAACAACAUUUGGUUUUGUCGAUAAAAAUAAUACUCCACUUCAAUCACCUUCUCAUUCUUUAAUUACUGAUACACAUAACUCAGUUAUGUUAAUGAAAAAUUCUCAUUGUUAUGCUGGUGUUAAAUCAUUUUCAACAUCAAAAAAUAGUAAUGAAACUCGACAAUCAGUUGAUAUACCUAAUAAAUUACGUUCCAGUAGAGAAUCAUUUCAACAUGCGAUGACAAAUCCAUUACCACAAGAAUAUUUUGUUGAUAUGUUUAGUACAAGAAAUUCAUUACAACGUCGAACAGGUCGUUUUGGUGUUGGACGUUUUGAAUAUUUAAAACAAUUAUUAAAUGAAUAUGAACAUUCAUUAACAAAUAAUGAAAAUAAACUUCAAUUACUUGCAAAUUUUGCUAAUUUUUCUUAUGAUCCAAUAAAUUAUAAUUAUUUACGAGAAUUAAAUAUAAUUGAUUUAUUUCUUGAUUGUUUACAAAUGCAUACAGAUAAUGAUGAUUUUGUACAUUUUGCAUUAGCUGGUUUAUGUAAUAUGAGUACAGAUAAAAAAAAUAGUCAAUUAAUUAUUGAAAAAAAUCCAUCAAUAUUAAUUUGUUUAAUAAAAUGUUUUUUUUCAAAUCGAUUAGAUAUUGUUAUGAAUUCAAUGGUAAUAUUAAUGUUUUUAUGUGAUCAUAAUGAACAAAUUAAAAAUGAAUUAUUACAACGAAAUGAAAUACGUCAAUGUUUAGAGAAAUAUUCACAAUCCAAAGAUAUUAGAUUAUCAAACAUGGCAAAAUUAUUUUUACAAGAUUAUUUUUUAAUAAAUUAA